UCCGGGUCUUCGCCACUCGGGGCCGCGUUAUGGGGCGGGAGCGCCGCUCGGCUGUGCAGAGCACCGGUGGCAGCAGCGCCGUCAGCAAAGCCUCGGCGGCGGCCAGGGGGUACAUCCAGGACCGGUUCCUGGGGCUCCUGGCGGGUCCUGGGCGACGGCGGGCACCGCUCGUCCACCGGGGUUACUACAUCCGCGCCCGCGCCGUGGAUCACUGCAUCCAAGACUUCCUGCAGAAGACCCAAAGCCACCCGAGGACGCAGAUCCUGUCUCUCGGUGCUGGCUUCGACUCCUUGUUCUUCCGGUUGAAGGACCUGGGGCUUCUACGUCGCACGGUGGUCUACGAGGUGGAUUUCCCAUCGGUGGCGCGCCGGAAAGCUGCUCUGAUCAGAAGAACCGAGGAGUUGUCAGCGCUGCUUGGAGAUAUCGGAGGCGAAGGGUUGGGUAUGGCAUCUACAGAAGGUUUUGAAGGAGCCGUUGCCGGUGAGGGUUACCGACUCCUGGGGGUGGAUUUAUCGGAGCUGUCCCAUCUGGAAAAGGCCCUGGAGGAGGCGGGAUUGGACCGUGGAGUCCCCACCGUCGUCCUGGCCGAGGUGGUCCUCACCUACAUGGAAACGAGCAGGUCGGACGCUCUGAUCCAAUGGGCAGCGGAGCGUUUCUCCCAGGUUUGCUUCCUGCUCUACGAGCAGAUGCACCCAGAGGACCCCUUCGGCCGCGUUAUGCAGCGCCAUUUCCGGCAGUUGAACUCGGCUCUUCGAUCGUUGGAGACGUAUCCGGAGCGUGAGGAUCAGGAGAGGCGUUUCCUCCAGAGGGGCUGGAGCGAGUGCAGCGUGGUGGACAUGAACGAGUUCUUCACCACCUGCACGGCAGAAGAAGAGCAACGGAGAGUGCAGGCGUUGGAGCCCUUCGAUGAAUACGAGGAAUGGCACCUGAAAUGUUCUCACUACUUCGUCUUGGCUGCCUCCAAGGGGAUGGAACCUCCUUGGACUCCGCUCUUGCCCACGCUGACAGGUUCUCCUCACCAUGGUCCCACCAGGGUGGUUGGAAGCGUCCCAGCAGCCGCGUGUGCCUCCAACCCCGACAGCCUCGGCCUGAGGCGCUACGGCCACCGCUCCGUUCUUCUGAAACCCGACGUGGUCCUCACCACCGGAGGCUUCGGAGAAGACGAUGGACAGCACUGCCGCGUGAGGACAUUCCACGUCCUGGUGAAGAGAGAGGGUGGUUGGAGAGCCGGUGGGGUGAGACAGGAGACGCCGGACACGAGGUGGGGGGAGCGGUUGUACCACACCGCGUUGUGUCUCUCCGACGAUGUGGUCCUCCUGGUGGGAGGUCGAACAUCUCCCUCGAGCUCCGGUGUGGCAACGGUGUGGCUGAAGGUCUCCGGGACCUCUGCGGAAUGGGACGCGGCGGAGGUGACGGUGGAGCCUGUGGACCUCCCGGCGGUGGCUGAGCCGCCUUCUCACCGGUGGAGACACAGCGCAACCCAAGUGACCUUCCAAGGCGAGAACUUCCUGUUCCUCUACGGUGGUCGCUCCGCUACAGAGCCCGUGUUGGGGGAUUGGUGUUUCCUGCGCAUUCCAGAACUUUCCUACACUGUGAUCCCGGUGGAGGGUGCGGUGCCCGAACGCCGUCACUCGCACGGAGCGUGUGCUUGGGAAGGAGGAGCUGUGAUCGUAGGAGGCCUCGGAGCCGACGAGAAGCCCUUGGGGUCACUCUUCCUCCUGAGGGAGCUUCAACGCGGCUUUGGGUGGCAACCAAUGGAGACGCACCCUCCUCUGGUGCCGAGAUAUUCCCACACGGCACACGUGCACGAUGGAAAGCUUCUCCUCGUUGGCGGAGUGUGGCUUCGUUCCUCCUCCGUGCCGGGAGUCACCGUCGUUGACUUAACGACCGGGCUCUGCUUGGACUACACCAUCGAUGUGGAGCCCCUGGAGUGGCCGUUGAUGCUCCACAACCACAGCAGUGUUCUUCUGCCCGAUGAGAAGGAGCUGUUGGUUCUUGGCGGUGGUGGGAACUGCUUCUCCUUCGGGACACACCUCAACUCAGAACCCGUCUUGUUGGACCUCAACAGCAUCUUAACCACCCCUUGACCGGGACAACGCGGUGACGGAACCGCGUUGCUGUGCUCUGGUGGGACCUCCCUUCUCUUGUAGAACCUCAACCUUCUUCCACAGAGGUUUGGGAUCCAGAAGGGGUUUGUGAAGGUGGGAUUGGGGGAGGCAGUUCCCACCAGGGGUUGUCCUCCUCUUCCGUCUCGUGUCUCCUCGUCCAUUUUUGAGCUCCUCUCGGUGCUGCUGUAAAUAAAGUGUCUCCAAAGAAACUCCGUGGUGAGAACGUAGAAUCACGAAGUCACGGAAUCGGGAAGGUUGGAGAAGCUCUCCGAGCUCAUCCAGAUGUCCAACCGUCGGCCCAACCCCACCGUGUCCCCAGGGGCCAUGGAUCCAUCCUGGCCAGAUCCCUCUGCAGACCCUUCCUGCCCUCCAUCCAUGGAUCCAUCCUGGCCAGAUCCCUUUGCAGACCCUUCCUGCCCUC